AUGAACAGUUCAAAAAAUGCAGUGGUGUUUAAUAACACAACAACAAAAAACGCUUUACAAGAUGAAGGAAUUUCUGUGCAAGAGUUUUCAGAAAAUUACAUGAUCGUCAUACGUUAUAUAAAUCUUUUUUUCUGCUGUACAGCGGUGCUUGGAAACUCGAGCAUUCUACUGACCAUUUGGAAGACAUCUUCGUUGCAUUCAGUGUCGAAUAUUUUAUUAUCAAGUCUCGCUGUAUCAGACCUAAGUAUUGGUUUGGUUGUCCAACCUAUUUUUGUAGCUCAUUUGGAAAACUUAGCAACGACUGAUGGUUUACUCUACUUCAAUAUUUUGGGAAGCGUGUCUUGUACAGUGUCUUUCUAUUCCGUUACAGCAAUAGCCGUGGACCGUUUGCUUGCCGUUCAACUGCAUUUGAGAUAUGAAGCAGAAGUUACACCGUUUCGUGCCACUGUGGUAGUAAUUAUCAUUUGGAUUUACGCAGCUCUUUUUUCAGUUUUUUGGUUAUUGAAUUUCUACUUGGUUUUCAAAAUGAUCAGCAUUGUUAUUAUGUGCAUUCUAAUUGGAAAUUUUGCUGUUCAUUUGAAAAUCUACCUGAUUGUUCUGCGCCAUCAAAGGCAAAUUCAGCGACAGCUGCAAUUACAGCAACAAGAUGCGAACAACGAAAACAUAUUGCGCGUAAAAAGAUUUGUGAGAUCUGCUGUGAACAUAUUUCUCCUAUAUAUCUUGCUUUUGAGCUGUUAUAUGCCUUUUGCAGUUUACCAUCAACUGAUUUUUUUCAACAGAGGAUAUGCCGCGUCAAAUGUUUAUAUUACAACAAUGACAUUGGUUUUUCUCAACUCGUCGCUAAAUCCGUUAUUUUACAGUUGGCGAGAUGGCGAAAUAAGGACAGCCUUAAAACAAUUUUAUAGGCGAUGUUUUUAGCCCUGAAGCGUUUAUGAUCUGAUUAGAGACCCUCCCCUCUUGAUGUUGCGUAUAUCUUUGUUAUAAGUAAAGCGAAUUCAAAGUUAUAUCGAGGUAUAAACCCCCUCCCAAGAAACUCGCCUUAUUGCAUCACCUCAGGCUAGUGUUCAAUUAAUUCAAAUGUUGAGGAGAGGCUGCAUGCUAAUAACAUUCCUAACUCUAUGGUUUUGUGAUACAUCCCAGAUUACAUGGUAAAGCAGUUUUAAUAUAUUUUAUUGCAAGCUCAAAACCUGCAGGAAGUUUUGAAUGAUUACGGAGUCGUCAUAUAAUCAUCAUACUAGUUUGGCAUAGUCUUUUACGAAAUGCCCCGGAAAGGAAAUCUAUUUAUCACCGAUACUUCAUUAUGCAUAAAGUUCUUGGAUUUUUUUUCCUGUAACAUGGAUUUUUUAAUCUCGACAAAAGUUUCAUUUGCCUACCGGUCGCCGUUCGUGCCAAAGAAACGUCUUCGCUCAAGCUUUCUACAGAUUACGAGAUCACUCCUAUUGCGUGUUGGGAUGGUGGGGAGAGACAGAUCAAUA